CAAUCGAGCACCAAUUGCCGAGUACUUAAUGCCAAAGUUCUUAGAAUAAACCGAUCGUUAGUUCAUGUAUUCAUAAAUUAAACGUACUAUACGAAUAAUUACUUGUGCUCGGACCUAAAUAGUUAUAUUAAUCGCAUCAAUUCAAGGACUGUAUACUGCUUUUGUGGAACGAAUGAAAAAGUAAUCCGUUGUGCUUAGAUAAAACUGUGCCUGGAGACAAUUCAGUAAUUUUAAUUACCAACAUGUUGAAAAAGCAUUCAAGUUGACUAGUGAAGUGAAGUCGCUAUUACUAACUCAUUAAUAAUGAAAUUCCACAUUAUUUUAGUUUUGUUAUUUUGCGCCCAGAGCUGCCUCGCUCAGUACUGGAGCGAAGUUCAGAGAUAUGCUGCAAAUUUCGAUGACCUUAAUAUUGGCGAUCAAACGGAACAAGUAGAGAACACUCUAAGCAGACGCCUUCGGUCUACCGUUUCAUACGCAGACUCGGAGGGUGCAGAAGUAGUUUACGACGAAAAUGAAAGGCCGCGGGACAAACGUACCUUGGGUUUCAUCGUCCGGGGUCUGGCGAAUGCUUUAGGUUACACCUUGACACCAGUCCAGGUCGCUUCGCUUCCCAAUCCAUCUCCAUCACCUAAGGCUCCCCCUACACCAUCCGCAGUACCAGUCACCCCUACAAAACCAGCCGCGGCACCAGCAGCUCCUGCGAAACCCGCUGCGCCAGCAGCACCUCCGCGUCCAAAGUCUGUUCCACGUUCCUUACCACCUCAACCUACACAGCGGGAAACCAUUAGACUUACGGGAGUUGUCAAUUUUGGUGCAAAUGCGAAUAAUAAUCUUCCUGGACAACUGGUUCAGUACGAACAGCUUUUCCACGGAAAUACUGCAGCUGGAGCCCCUGCACCAUCUCCCGCACCAAAGCCAACCUUGGCAAAAAUACCAAGUCCAAUAGUUCCCAACUUAGUUCCGUUACUGCCACCCACCCGAACGCCUUCCACGACUCCAGGGAAUCUACCCGCAAAACCUCCGAGUCCCAUGAAGCAGGAGAUUGAAACUGAAUACAGAAACAAAGAAGACAUAGUAACAUUCAAUGUUGAAAAUAAAGAUCUCAAGAGCGACAAAGAUGUGUAUUUUGCCUUACCCGGUAACGGGCAGAUGCAGGAGGUCAAUUGGCAGAAGGGAUUGAAUGAGCGACUUCAACAGCUGGAGGAGCGACAGAAGGCUUAUUCUGAUAAACUAAAGCAACACGAAGAGCUACUUGCGAAGCAGCAACAGGACCAUGAAUAUACGGAUGACCGGUUUACAAGUCGUGAGAAAGAAAUUGCGGCGAGAGAUGAAAUGCAGACUGAUACCCCGAGAGAACUGGAGCGCGUGCACGUUGAUCGCGAUGAUGAAGUAAAAUUGGAGAUUAACGCCGAGGACCCGAAGCAAAAUUACGAAAAUAACGAAAAUUCCGGGCAAGGUCAGGGGAAAACGUCGAACGCUGAAGAUGAAGAAGAGCAUCCCCAAAGGUAUGAGUUUGAGGAUGAAAGAAGUCCUAAACGACACUUUGAGUACGAUGAAGAGCCGAGAAAACAAGCAGAGUAUGAAGACUUUCCUCCAAGAUAUAGCAGCUACAAUAAUGAAGAGGAAAAAUCACUGCCGAUUUCAAGAGACGACGGUACUUCGAAAUCGGAAACUCUUCAGAAUAGUUACGGAGAAAGCUUAGAAGACCAGGGGCGGAUUGAUGAAAACAUUGCGGAUUAUUUCGUUAAAUUUAAAGAUCCUAAUACAGGUUUAUAUGUCCCUGAAAAGUCACAGGAUUCUGAGAAUUACAAAACGGAAUCGAAGCCCUGGUGGGAAAGGAAUCAUGACGACCGGAAUAGGGAAGAUUUUGACGAUCACUUGGCGCAACUAAAGGAAGAGUACUCUUCGCCAGCUCCAGAACUGAAGUACGAAGAGUAUGAACUUGAAGAUAGGCCUGAAGAGAGCACGCAAUCAGCAGAGAAAUUGGAGAACGCUGACGACCACGACGAGCCAUUGCCCCAGCGUUACGAAGAUUCGAAAAGCCCAGAUUACUCGGAACCAUAUGGUGCGUAUGAGCCCUACACGAGAAAUCAAGAGCCAGAAUAUGAUCUUGAAGGCUCAACUCAAGCGUCGGAUGUGGAUCAAAGCCCUAAAUCUGAAUUGAAACAUGACUCGGACGGAGAAUCGCAGGACAAGAGUGAAAAAUCAAAAGAUGAAAGUUCGACCGAAAAGAAAGACAUACCUUUGUAUCAUUUUGACUUCAAGAGUUUUAUGCCUUACUAUACGCCGGUUACGUACGUUUAUGGUCUUGAUGACGGUAUGACUGGCUUAGAACGAAUUAUGUCUUACAAUUAUAAUUCAAAGCCAAUAGAAGCUGAGGAAUCUGAGAAGGAAUUGCCGAUGGAAAAGAAAGAACCAAAUGAGGAUGAACAUGCGUCGAUUGGACUGUCACAGAAACUCAGCAUGAAAAGUCUUCACGAUGGUGAAUCCAAGGAUAUUCAGGCUUGGCCAGCUCCGUUUGACUUCGUAUUUGAUAGCACCGAGCAAACGAACAUAGCUGAACUUCCGCUUAUUGAAUCUACCCCAGAAACUGACGCUGCUGUUGAAAGCGCGUCUCGUAAUGCAGGUGCCAGCGAAGGCGAGCAGACCAAGUCUGUACGAUAUUUCGUACCUGGGUAUGACUCUGCCUCAAAAGCGAUGCGUGGUAAAUAUCAACAGAAAAAUGAACCGGAAGCUUAUCAAGAAUAUUCUUCUGAUCCUCGGAACUCAGAGAAGGAAUACCCAAGACUUUCGAGUGGUCAGGAAUUGGAUACGACACAGGGACCACACGCAACUUACUCCCCAUCGACUAGAUACGAUUCCCAGGAAAGUAGGGGGCAAGCGAGCGAUGGCACAACGCGGUCACGAGAUAACAUUCAAGACCAGCGUGCUCACCAACCGUCUGAAGUAAAGAAUCAUCGGUAUACCAGUGACGAAUACCCAUAUGCGAAUCAUCAAAGCAGUUCCGAAUCCCAUGUACCUAAUAAUGCCAAUUCACAGCACAUUCAAGUCCCCUCAAUCCCAUCAAGUCCUUCAAGUCCACGUCAGUAUGAACCUAGGGAGUCAUACCACAGACAAGCUACUACCGAAGAAACUCACAUACCUGAAAAUAAGGACGGUAGUCAGUUUGGACGAAAAAAUGAUGACCAACGGGAUCGAGAGCCAAAUUUCAGUCAACACUACACGACUGCGGAGCCUCGUCUCAAUGGAAGAAGAUUCGACGAGAGCACCAAUCAGCAGCCUCAGGCGCCAGUGCAACCACAAUCCACGCCUCAGGCUGAGGACAAGUCAUCGCUUAGAUUUGAUGAUCCCAAAAGUGCGCACGACUUCUUUGGCUUCAGUCAAAACGAUUAUGAUUAUGAGAAUGGUAAGGGGAGGGACAAGUCACAGGAAUUGAAGGAAAUGAAGUCACCGGCUACCAAUGAAGAAGUAUUGGAUCUGCUCGUAGUCCCAGAACCGGCACCCUAUCAAUAUGAUGUAAAACUAACGGAGUUCACUGAUCAGCCUGAAAGUGAUACUGAAAAGGUCAAGGUCAAAGAGUAUAGAAACAAAGUCGCAACGGUUACAGUUUCCGAAAGGAAACAACUUAGCCCUGAGGGUCCGGUACACCUGAUCGGAUACACUCAGCAAUACUAAAAAUACUUGAAUUAGUAAUAUUCAGUGUUGUACAAGGUAAUGAGUAUUAU